UCUGUCCCUAAACGGUGUACCUUCAGGCUGAGCCACAUAGCUUCAGCCUGUAUAUUUAUAAAUUGGUCGUUUUGUUUUUCUGUAUUUGAAAUGAAUCACUUUGCUGAGUAGCAGUUCCGCUUGAAAGAACACAUUAACGACUUUUACUUUACACGAUAUCUUUGAGAUAAUGUAGAAAGAAGGGACAAUACGUUGGAAUACUUCACCUGGAGAGCGGUGUUCUUGAUAUUUGCACUUUAAUUUAAAUAAAUUAGUGGCGUAACAAUUCCCUAGUAAGGAAGAAAUAGUUAAGGGUAGUUGAUAACAGCUCGUCAUGUUUGAUAAUCUUUUUCUGUCGGAAUGAGGACGACCGGACUCCAUCACUCGCUCGCGCUGUGUUUCGCCCUAGCCUGGCUCCAGUCCUCCUGCGCUCAAACCCAAGAAGUGAUAUGCUCCGGUACGCAGAAUACACUGAGUUGGACAGGAAAUCCAGAGACACAGUACGAGCUGAUGAGGGAAAAGUACACUGGCUGUGAGAUUGUCAUGGGCAACCUGGAGAUCAUCAUGAUGAAACAUUCGAUUAACUUCACUUUUCUACAGUCCAUCAGGGAGGUUACAGGUUAUGUCCUAAUAGCCGUUAACCAGUUCAGCCAGCUUCCACUGGAUCAACUCCGGGUCAUAAGAGGCACCAUUUUGUACGAGAAUCGCUUUGCUCUGGCUGUUCUGCUCAACUACGAGAUUGAUAGCCAACAUGGACUGAAGGAGCUGGGUCUCACACAUCUCACAGAGAUACUGGAAGGAGGUGUGUAUAUCUUUCGUAAUAAGUUCCUGAGCUACGCCCCUCAGGUGAACUGGUUGGACAUAGUAAAGGAUGAAUCUUCUGAAGUCAUAAUUGCUGACAACGGGCCUGAACGACCUUGUGAUGCGGCAUGCAAAGGUUCUUGUUGGGGGCCCAGGAAGGAUAGCUGCCAGAUCUUGACAAAGACAGUGUGUGCUCCCCAAUGUAAUGGACGCUGUUUUGGGAGGAAUCCAAGUGAGUGCUGUCAUAUGGAGUGUGCAGGAGGUUGCACUGGACCCCUGGAUACUGACUGCUUUGCAUGCCGUAACUUCAACAACUCAGGCUCCUGUAUGCCCCAGUGUCCACAACCCUUCAUCUACAACAAGCACACCUUCAAACUGGAGCCCAACCCCAGCGCCAAGUACCAGUACGGUUCUAUAUGCGUAGCCCAGUGCCCCACUAAUUUUGUGGUGGACGGGAGCUCGUGUGUAAGUAGCUGCCCCCCUAAUAAGAUGGAAGUCGAACAGGGAGUGAAGAGGUGUGAGCCCUGUGGAGGUCUCUGUCCCAAAGCUUGUAAAGGAAUAGACUCCGGAAAGACGGUGGACUCUCAGAACAUUGACAGUUUCAUCAACUGCACCAAGAUCCAGGGCAGCCUGCACUUCCUAAUCACUGGGAUUCAAGGAGAUCCUUUCAACAACAUCCCACCUUUGGACCCUGAGAAGCUGAAGGUCUUCAGAACUGUGCGAGAGAUAACAGAUAUUCUGGAUAUCCAGUCAUGGCCUGGAACUCUGAGAGACCUUUCUGUGUUCUCCAACUUGACAACCAUACAAGGAAGAACCCUCUACAGAGGAGGGCACUCCAAAAGAGGCUACUCCUUUCUGGUAAUGAACAUCCCAUCGCUGACCUCUCUGGGCCUGCGUUCGCUGCGUCACAUCAACGACGGUGGAGUCUACAUUACAGGAAACAAGAAGCUGUGCUACCACCACACUGUCAACUGGACCCGCCUCUUCAUCACCAGCUCACGCCCACAGCGCCGCCAGAAGAACGUUGACAUCAAGGAAAAUCGUCUCGAGGCCAAGUGUGUUGCAGGGGGGAAGGUGUGUGACCCCCUGUGUUCGUCUGAAGGGUGUUGGGGACCCGGGCCGGACCAGUGUCUGUCCUGUAAGAACUAUAGCCGUGGGGGAACCUGUGUCCAUCAGUGCAGAUUUCUCACUGGGGAGGGGCGUGAGUUUUCUAGUCCAAAUAGAGAGUGUAUGCCUUGUCACUCGGAGUGUGAGGUCCAGGAGGGACGGCCCACCUGCACAGGACCGGGAGCUGAUGAGUGUGUGGUGUGUGCCAGUCUGAAGGACGGUCCUCACUGUGUGUCCUCUUGCCCUGAGGGAGUGAUGGGGGAGAAGGGCCUAAUCUUUAAAUACCACAACCAGCAGAGAAGUUGUGAGCCAUGUCACCUGAACUGUACCCAGGGGUGCUCAGGUCCAGGCAUUGGGGACUGUUUGGACCAGAGAUCCGCAACAAGUCAAUCCACCACAGCCAUUGUUCUGGGAAUUUUGGCAGCAGUGAUAGUGGGCUUCUCCAUAUUUGUGAUGAGUGUCCUGUAUCGCAGAGGUCUUGCUAUUCGGCGCAAGAGAGCAAUGAGGAGAUACCUGGAGAGCGGAGAGAGUUUUGAGCCUUUGGACCCUGGUGAGAAGGGGGUCAAAGUUCAUGCAAGGAUCCUGAAGGUCAAGGAGCUUCGUAAGAUCAAGCUGCUGGGCAAUGGAGUGUUUGGCUCUGUCCACAAGGGCAUUUGGAUUCCGGAGGGAGACACGGUGAAGAUUCCGGUGGCCAUAAAAACGAUUAAUGAUCGAACAGGGCGGAAGACCUUCCAUGAGAUCACAGAUCACAUGUUGGCGAUGGGUAGUUUGGACCACCAGUACAUUGUCAGGCUCUUAGGUAUCUGUCCAGGUCCCAGUCUCCAGUUAGUCACUCAGAUCAGCGCUCAGGGGUCUUUAUUGGAACAUAUCAGGCACCACAGGGACAGUCUGGACCCGCAACGGCUACUGAACUGGUGUGUGCAGAUUGCCAAGGGUAUGUACUAUCUGGAGGAACACAAGAUGGUCCACAGAAACCUAGCAGCCCGUAACGUGCUCCUGAAGAGUGACUACAUAGUCCAGAUCUCUGACUACGGCAUCACAGACCUACUCUACCCUGACGAUAGGAAGUACUUCUACAAUGAGCACAAGACACCCAUCAAAUGGAUGGCUCUGGAAAGCAUCUUGUUCCGCAGAUACACACAUCAAAGCGAUGUCUGGAGCUAUGGGGUGACAGUGUGGGAAAUUAUGUCAUAUGGGGUGGAGCCCUACACAGCAAUGCGUCCACAGGAAGUGCCAGACCUGCUGGAGAAGGGCGAGCGUCUCUCCCAACCUCACAUCUGCACCAUAGAUGUCUACAUGGUCAUGGUCAAGUGUUGGAUGAUUGACGAAAAUGUCCGUCCCACCUUCAAGGAACUGGCCAAUGAGUUUACCAGAAUGGCCAGAGACCCGCCUCGUUACCUUGUGAUGAUUAAGGGAAACCCCAGCCUGGUGGACUCCCCCUCAGAUGAGUCUUCCCGUCGGGGCACUGAGCUGGGGGACAUAGACAUGGGAUUAGGGUUCCAGGAUGAGGAGGGGCUAAGAGACGACAUGGACACACCCCCUCUCAACCUGUCUCAGGCCAGAAGUUUCUCACGACUUUCACGAAUGGACAGCCACAGGGGUGUUCACAGCAGUCAAGCUGGAUACCUUCCAAUGACCCCAGGACUGGAUAACCCUCCGAUGGUGUGGCCGUCAGUGUCCCGCUCUCGCCUCAACUCUGCCCGCACCGUGUCUGAGAGCUCAGAGGGGCAUGGCACAUUGGUAGAGCUGGAAAUGAGUGAAGACUUCUCCUUGGGGGGUAGCCUGCGGAAGAAGCGGCAUCGGGAGGAUAGUGCCUACAUGUCCCAGAGAGACAGCAUGUCAGGGGGGGCAUCUGAGACCCCGUCCCCAGACACAGAGGGGGAGGAGGACCAAAAUGGAUAUGUGCUCCCUGGACUAGGUGACAGCCCAGAGAGAGAGACACACCUCUCUACCUCCAGAGUCAACCUGCCUUAUGGGAGGAUGUGCCACUUCCCCUCAAACCCAGUUGGACACUCAGAGGACCACAGCAGUGCCUGUGAGGAAUAUGAGUAUAUGAACAAGCAGGCGUGCAUGAGGUCUCUCUCCCCCAGACCACAGCUUGGGCACACCAAAGAUGGUUCUCAGUGGCUGAAGAUGGACAAGAGGCAACGCAGCUCUCUGCCAUCUCCAGACACUGAGUACACAGAGUGCACAGGGCUCAGGCCUUCAGCUGAGGCGAACAGGGAAGGAAAAACCAAGAAUGAAGAACAACAGGACUAUGAAUUUCCCGAAUCGUGUGAGGAGGAACGUGGCUCUAAUGAUGUUGAGUAUGAAUACAUGGACAUUCGAAAUGUAAGGCCAGAUGAUCCCCCAGCACAAGAUGUCCCUCUUCCUGGAGCUAUACCCAAACGGCCGAUGGGAGGUGACAUGGAGGAAAAGAUGGAGGAAGGUGAAUACAUUGAAGAAUACGUUGAUGACGAUGACUAUCAGUACACUAACAGGCAGCCCAAGCUACGAAAGGCUCUGCAAGGCCAGGAGGGUCUGAGGAUGCUGGGAAGAAGGGGGCAGGAGGCGGACGAGUACGAGGACAUGGAUUCCCUGGCUGCCCCUGGGGCUGGGGACCCAGUGGAGUAUGAGAAUUUGCAGGGAGGUGACGAGGGUGCAGUGGGGGUACAGCACUCAGGGAUGAGAACAUUUGUGAAGGUGCGUGCAGUGGUCGAGGUGGGGGAGCCCGGCAGUGGAGAUCGCUCAUUUGACAAUCCAGACUACUGGCAGAGCAGAUUAUUCCUGAAGCCUACCACUGUGACCACGUAGAGGAGUGGACCUCACUCAUGACCACUAAAGAAGAUAGCAGCCUAUGAAAAAAUAAGUACACUCCCUGGAAAGUGUUUUUUUCCCCACAAAAUUGGUAAUCUUCAUUUCAAAACUAUAGACAGCUAAAGGUCACCUAAAUUACACUGAAAGAUUAUAUGUUUACAUGUAUUUACUCAUCCAAAAUCUACAUUAAUGCAAUUUUAUACUUCAGGAAAAAUAAGUACACUGCUAGCAUUAAUAGCUGGUGUUUCACUUCAUGUACCUGUUUCUUGUAACUGUCAGUCUCAAACAUUGCUGAAAGGAUUUUUUUGACCAGUGUUUUUUACAUUAUUGCUUAAUCAUAUUUCUUGCUUGCAAAACCUGCCUCAAGUUCCCCAAAGCAUUUAUAACCCUCAAUUUCAUAUUUUUGAGCCAUUCUGUUGAAGCUGUGCUUGUAUGUUUUGGAUAAUUUUUGCGUUGCAAGAUCCAUGCUCGGUUCAGCUUCAGCUUUUUGACAGAUGGCCCCACAUUGUCCUCAAUAAUUCUCUGAUACAAUUUAGAACUAAUGGGGGAUGCAAUGAUGGCAAGUAAGCCCGGCCCGACACAGCAAAGCAGUCCCAAACCAUAAUGCCACCACCUCCAUGCCUUACAGUUGGUAUGAUGUUCUUCUAUUCAAAUGCAGUGUUUUGUUUGUGCCAGGCAUGAUGUUUUGCAUUGCAGCCAAACAACUCCACCUUUAACGCAUCUCUACAGAAAACACUAUUCCUUAGAUUUUUUCCAUUUCCAAAUGAUCUGUCGGGCAGUGGAAUUAAUUGCUUUGAAACCACUCCCAGACUCAUGGGCAUUAAUAAUGUUUCUUCUUGGUGUGAUGUGUGUAAUUUUAUCAAUGAAUGUGGUUGGUCUUCAGCUCACCUAUCCAAGUCCAAAUAUGUACAAAAAAAGUAAAGCUUUGUGGGGGGUGUACUUAGUUUUUCACAUGACUGUAGCUGUUCCAUCUGCAUUUAAAUCUAUGAAGGACCCGGGAAGGGGAGGAAACUAUCCAAAAAUCAAAAACAUUGAAGACUUGUUAUAUUUCUUUGUGUGCCAGUUUGUUAUCUUAAUGUGUCAGUUACAUUGAUAAUUUCUACAUUGAUAAUGUUUCCGCCAUAAUAACAAAUAAGCUUUGGGAUGUUCAUUUCUGUACACUGUGAGUAUCAGAGACACUAGUAGAAAUAGCCUGAUCACAAGCUUUGUAUGUGUUUACUUAUAAGAACUAAAGGUGCAUUUGUAUAUUGUAUUUUUCUAUGAUAUUUUCUUGUUGAAAAAAAUGUGUGUAACCUUUUUGUGACCUAUUUUAUAAAUACAUUUGUUUUGCAUAAUGUUUGAGAUUCUUUGAAAUGAUCAGCUAAUUGUUGAUAUUGAGGGCUUCCACCAUUUUAAAGGAAAUUAACUGGGUGGGGAUUUUUUUGUGUUGGCAGCAGUCAACAUAGCUACAAUUGCUCAUGCCUCUCUUUUCAUUAUUACGCUUACAGAACUAACAUUACCUUCAUUUUUUAACAUACAGUGUAUAUUUCAACAGUAUGCUCAAGCAG